AUGGAAGGACCCGUAGUAGAAACCAUCGAAGGACAAUUGCGAGGAUGCGUCAGAAAAAAUCUGGACGGCGAGGAAUUUUAUUGCUUUUUGGGCGUCCCUUAUGCCCAGCCGCCUAUUGGAAAUCUCAGAUUCAAGGAUCCCCAACCGUUGAAACCCUGGACAGGGAUCAAGGAUGCGACGAAGGAAGGGCAACGGUUUUACCAAAAGGACAAUAUGGCAAUGUCAAAGACGGUUUGUGGUACCGAAGAUGGUCUACAUCUCAAUGUUUUUACGAAGAAGCCCAUUCCGACGGGGUCCAAGAACCCGGUAAUGGUAUGGAUUCACGGCGGUGGAUUCAAAGAAGGCCGCAACAACACCGACAUUUAUGGGCCGGAGUUCUUAAUGCUCGAAAAUGUUGUCCUCGUUACCAUUAAUUACCGUUUGGGAAUAUUGGGUUCAUUGAAAUUAAACGACCCAUCGCUAGAAGUGCACGGCAACACCAACCUAAAAGACCAAGUGGCAGCUUUGGAAUGGGUGCGAAGGAACAUCGGGAAAUUCGGCGGGGACGCGGAAAACGUAACGAUUUUCGGGGAAAGCGCCGGCGGGGCUUCCGUCCAUUAUCUAACACUCUCGCCGGUCGCCGAAGGAUUGUUUCACAAGGCCAUCAUGCAAAGCGGCGUGGUCUUGAACAGAUGGGCGUACUGUCACGAAUCCUAUCUGGAAGAGCUUAAGAUGGCCGCCGGGAAAUCGGACGCAAGCGAGGCGGAUUUUCUGGCGUAUUUGAGAGAAUUGACGGUUGAGGAAGUGUUUGAAUUGCAGGAGAAAAUAGAUGUUCCAAUUAAGGGUCAAUUCUCACCGAUUCAGGAGCGUCCCCAUCCCGCGGCAUUUCUAACGAAGAACCCCUUGCAUCUAGUACUGCACGAACACAACAACAAAGUACCCAUCCUAAUGGGGUACUGCUCGAACGAAUUCCUCAUAGGAAAAGCAUUGCAACAAAUGGCAGAACAGGAGAAACAGGGCGAAUUGCAGAAGCUAUUCAGCAUGGAAUUCGUCCUGAGCAACUUACUACACGAUGUCGAAACUUCCAUCGUUGAAAAGUUCAUUGAAAGAAUGAAGAAGAUUUACGGGGAAUCAGAAGCAGAUCAAUACCAAUUUUUAUCUGAUGCGUAUUUCGCAAAGGGGAUAUUGCAUUGUGCAGGUAAAUAUGCAAGUGGAGAUGGACCAGCGGUGUAUUUGUAUCGGUUAUCGUUGGACUCUGGUCAAAAUUACACCAAACGAAUGGCGGAUAUAAAAGAUGAAGGAGUGUGCCACAUGGACGAUUUGGGCUACCUUUUCAAGACAGAAACCCUCCCGUUUCCGGAGAAAAACACCCCCGAGUACUCUUACGUGAAACGAUUCGUUAAACUUUGGACGAACUUCGCUAAAUACGGAAACCCUACGCCUAAUAACAGCGACUUCAACAUCAUUUGGGAACCAGUAAAGGACGAGAAGACCAUAAAUUACCUCGACAUCGAUAAGCAACUGACCAAACAAACCAUUCCCAAACAGGAGAUAUUCCAGAUUUGGGAAGAAUUAUAUGAUUGUAUAUCAAAGCAAACUCACGCUUGA